AUGGCGACCACUAGCAACCUCAAUGUUGAGCCUGAAGUCAGGCCUGUAAUCAAAGGAAAAGGAAGGGCUAGAGCCCCAGAAACCGAGAGAACGCCACUUCUGGCAUCACAGACGUCUGCCAGUGCCAAUAACGGUGGUCCAAGCACUCCUGUGUAUUACCAUGAACUAGGAACCAGCACACGUGCUCGCCAGAGACUUUGGUCUAAACUGACUUGCAUUUUUCUCAGUUCUCUCCUAUUCUGCAUCACCAUAUUCCUUUUGCUAGCUAUCCUUGCCUAUUCAUAUGCUGCUCGGCUCAAGGAUGUAUCCCCAGAGGACCUCGUAAACCAGGCAUUGAGGGUGCAGGGUCCCGAUAGAGUAGACGUUAUAGACGUCACAGAGGAAGGUGGUUUGUGGGUUAAUGUAGAAGGAAGAGUGGGCAUUGAUGCUGGCUCCGUCAUUGGAGUAAAUACAGACGACGAUGAAGGCACUUUCACCGACAUGUGGAAGUCGCUGGGUCGGUGGGGGGUAAACCUGCUUAGCGACGUUUCAGUCGAUCUCAGUACCAUCCACAUAACAUCUCCUCACGAUCCGUCUACGAAAUUGGCCUCUAUUUCAGCUCCACCUAUCUCAAUCCCAAUUACGUCGAAUCCACCACGAGACUUCUCAUGGUUGACACCUAUCACAGUCCCUGUUUAUGUCCUCCCUACGCAGAAUGUAUCAGCCCUGAUGCAGUUCGUGAGGGAUACGUGGUCUGCGGGUGCUGUUUCCAUUCAAAUUCAAAUCGCAGAGGCAGCUGUCACAGGGGGGUUGCUCAACGAAACCGGUUGGAGACAUACAUUAAAAUUUGAGCAGCGGAAUAUUGGCCUCGACAUGACAAUGAAGAUACCUCCUCUACCUGGCUUACCUCCACCUGGCCACAGUACCCCAUUUCCCUCCUUUUCUCAACUUGUGACUCUACAAUCCUUCAUGGUCUCCUCUGAAUCCAAAGAAGUUCGCCUGCAAGCCCAAGCAUCGCUAGUUAAUCCUGCACCACUCACAUUUAAUUUAACAAUGCCUACACUUCCUUUUAUCAUCUCUUUGCCCAGCCCAGGCAAACCAAGUCGCCUUGUUCCAAUUGCAUCGGUUCAUUCACGGCCAUUCACCUCUACUCAUCCAAACAUCACUCUUAUCGUCUCAGGCACAGUCCUUCCACUUCCAACUAAUGCAUCCUCCGUCCUAUCGACUUUCGUGAGCCGAUACCUUUCCCUCGACCUCAAUCCGAUCAUGAUAUCCACGCCAAUUUUUCCAUCAUUAAUUAUUGAUACAGACUUCCCUGCUCCUAAUCCACGGCCCCAGGUUAUGCGCAAUGUGACGAUUCGUGACAUGAAAAUCAAACCGGACGGUGCCAGCGGCGGGUUUUUGGCGAGUGGUACAGUGUAUGCAAGGAUAGUUCUACCAAAGGGAAUGAACCUUUCUCUGGACGUGAAUCGUGUUUUCCCUGAUGUGCUUGUCUUUGACGGGGAGGUUCCACAGUUACCACCCUUACCUCUUAGCAACACACACGGCGAAGGCGACGUUCCUAACCCACCACUUCCCAACCCACUUCCAGAACGCGCUUUCGCUCAUAUAAGGCCAGACGAUUGGCUAUUUUCUACGAGUGUACCUGACCCGACCCGAGAUGAUGAGGGUGCUGCUUUCGCCGUGACCGCGAACCUUGUUGAUAUACCCAUGGAAGUUCUACCAGGCCGUCAGAAGGAGUUUAGCAAUUUCGUGAGCAAGGUGAUAUUCGGAUCGCAAGGGGCACUGGCAGGGUUACAAGGUUCUGCUGCUGUAGGUGUUUAUGUUCAUGGAAUGCCAUUCAACAACGGAGAUUCAGAUGACAAUGAAAUGGAGUUGACUGGACUCCCAUUCCAGGGGAGUGUUCGUAUAGGAAAGAAGACCCUUCUGAUUCACGAGAUGCCUUAG